AAACAAACAUCACACAACCUCCUUAUAGAAUAUGAAUGGUUGGAAGCACUGUCAUUUCAAAUAGGAAUAUAAAUAAUACAAUGGUUUGAAUCAUGGAUCUCUGGCUGUUUGUAUGUGCGCUAACAGGAGCACUGCUUAGUGUUUCCUUUGCUCAAACUCAUCAGUUCUACUUUGUGAACACUGAGCUGAGCUGGACAGAAUGUCAGAGUUUCUGCAGACGUGAAUACACUGAUCUGGCCACCAUAGAGAACACGGCUGAUGUUGGGGCUGUUCUAAAUACUACAUCAAACUACACAGGCAAGGUUUGGAUUGGUCUGCACGAUGACUUGGAGAACAGCUGGAAGUGGUCCUUAAAUGACAGCAGCUUCUAUAUGGAAAGAGAGCAAACCUUCAAAAACUGGCAACUUAACCAACCAGACAACCUGAAUGGACAACAGUACUGUGUUGCAUAUCUGAGUGGAAACUCAUCCCAAGGCAACUGGGAUGACCGUGACUGCAAUGAAGAACAUGGUUUUGUGUGCUACAAUGGGACAGUAAACGGAACUGCCUCAUUCGUUGUUGGUUAUGCAACACUAAAUUGGACUGAAGCCCAGAAAUACUGCAGGCAGAAUUUUGUUGAUUUAGCCAGCAUUUGGAAUCAAACAGAAAAUGAUGUCAUCAACAAGCUAGCAAACGGUAGUUGUGUGUGGAUCGGUCUGUAUCGUCAUAAAGUGUGGUCAGAUGGGAGCAACACAGUCUUUAAACAUUGGGCUGAAAAUCAACCAGACCAGGGGGACCAGAAGUGCAUCGCUGCAUCUCUCAGUGACUCAGGACGAUGGUCGGAUGAAACUUGUUCCCAGAGUUUUCCAUUCAUCUGUUAUGGAUCAAGUACUGCAUUUACUUUUUCUUUAAAUAUAGUACAUGUUGUUUAUUACCAAAGGGCCCUCUUUAAAAUUAAAUACACAUUUUCACUAAACCUUGCUAACCUAAUUCAUGAAAUAUGUCUUAAAUUAUGUAUUUUUUAAUAAAUUAAUAAUCAGGAUUAUUUACCAACUUAGAUAAUUUUUAAGUAUUUUCGAGCAAUACGUUUUAUUUUUUUCUUGCUUUAUUUUUCACAAGCUGCAUAUUGAUGAGAGUUUAUGUGCAAUGAAUUUUCUAAACCAAUACUAUUUUAGGUUAAACAGUUUAAGCCUUAGUCGCAUGCAUCCAUACAGGGGUUGACCUUUACGGGUGCAGCGGGUUAUUGGGUUGUCUGGUCCUAUGGGAGUUUGUAGAGAGAAGCAAACGCAUCUUAAUGUGAGUGCAGGUGUGUCUCACAGUUCCCUUGAGGCUCAUACAUGACCUAAAGGGAUCUCAUGAAAAAGUAGUGUACAAUUGUUGUGCGCGUAGUAAGAGUAUCAUCAAAUAUUUGUAAGGCUUUCAAGUUGCACACACAUAUGACAUACCAUUGAUUAUAUCAUACAGUGCUUUCCUGGUCCCUUUACUCUCGUCAUUAGUAAAGUAAGGUGUGGCCCCUUACUGAGCAUGCACUGGGUGUGCAGGUGUUACAUAACUUCCCCUGAGACACCUUUAGAAGUUCAACACAAACUACAUUCUGAUUGUUGGACGGUGGCCGUGGUGCAGCGGUAGGGCGGUUGACCCAUGAUCAUAAGAUUGC